AUGGUUCUCUUGUAUUUCUCUUCACAGGCCAAGCAAAAGCAGAAAGGAGUCAAACAUGUAACGCUGCCUUCUGUGCACGGGUACAAUAGUAAGUGGAUUGUCAUAGACUAUGGAAAGUUUCUAGUCCAUGCACUUGAUGGAGAUUGUAUUAUGAACCAGUUAUUAGAUAUCAUCUCCGUCAUAUCUUCUUCCUUGUCAGAGGUUCGUAAUCUCAGAUUAGUUUCAAAACCGUUUCGACGUAUUUGCGAUGAUGGAUAUGUUCUCCGCAGACUUUCGCUCCAAGAAACCCCUCUGUUCCCAUGGCAUCGCGACCAUGAAACGUUCUCCAAUUUUUUCAAAAGAUGUCGCAAGAAUGGAAACCCCGAAGCUUUGUAUCGCAAAGGAUUCAUCUACUACUUUCUACAGAACCGUGAUCAAAAAGGACUCAAAUAUUUAGCUAAAGCUGCAGAAAAAGGACACAAAGAGGCAAAAUAUGUCUAUGGGUUGAUUCUGAUCUGUCUUGGAGGCCAAACAAAACAAAAGGGUUUUAAGAUCUUGUCUUCUGUUACAAAGCCGUUGUUGUCAACUACGAUAGAUGAGCUGAUGGAACUUCGAUACAAGAUUGAAAAGAUUAGAGACAGCGAAUGGGAUCGUGCCAACCCGGUGAUGGAACAACUCAAAACAGUCUACGUUCGAGAGAAGUGCAAAUGCGAUGGUAAAACCAUGAUGUUCUUAGCAAGGAACUGUGAUUGGCAUCCAUACAAUGAGGACAGUAACGACAUCAAGACUUCUUCUGCUUGUGAGUUUUGUCUCUGGCACCAUGAAGUUGAACUUUUCUGUCGGAGGAUUUAG